UUCGUUUACUAUUUUUUGAAAUGAAAGUUAUUUAAAUGGAAUUUCAAGUGCAAUUAUCUACAAGUUUGUUUUCUAGAUUAUGUAUGCUGAUACAAGCGAAAAACUUGACUUAUCGUUGCACCAAUUAAAAAGCAUAAAAUUAACGCACUUAAAGUUUUAUAUUAGGGUUAAAAAAUACUAUAACAAGAGAAAGUUUGAAUUUGUCAUGUUAUAUAGAAAAAACUUAAUUAUUCGAAACCACAAUACAAAUAAUUUUAGUGAAGCAACAAUAAGAAUCCUUAAAGAUAUUGUUUUAUGUAGAACAAAAGCAUUCAAUGUUGCAGCACUUGUAGACUAUACUGUCAAUGUUUGGGACAGAUAUUAUAGCAACCGUCUUCUGAAUACUGCAUAUAAUCGUUGCUCUGCCUAUGAAAUAUUCUACAACAAAUUAUGUCAAAAAUCUGAAAAAAUAAACAUUAGUUCUAUUAAAUUGUUAGAGAGAAACACUUACAUUGUACCUAGUUUUAAAAAUUCAAAUGUCGAAUAUACAGUCAAUAGUGACGUUGGCUACUGUUCAUGUCCUAGUGGUAGGCAAGGUGGAUUCUGUAAACACAUGGCUGCAAUACAUAAAUUUUUUAAAAUUAAUUUUCCGUGCGCUCCACCUAUUACAUCGAAAGACAGAUACGAACUUGGGAAGCUUGCACUUGGAUCGAAGUGCCCUGAACCAGAAUUUUUUUUAAGUUUGAGAGAUAUAGAUCAAAGCGAAAUUGAAAUAUCUUCUAAUAUUUUAGUUGAAACUCAAGAAAGCUGUUUGAUCUCUGGCGAUGCAAAUAACGAAGAUAUUUUGUCAUUGACGUGUACUGAAAAAAAAACCAAUCGGAAUCUUUAAAUACAGAUUGAGAAGAAUUUAUAUUUGAAUUUAAAAAGUUAUUAGAUUUAGCUAAAAUCGAUCCCAGUUCUAAAAAAAUUAUUAAUAGUUUAAAGCUUAGACUGAAAAGUGUCAAUACCACCGAAAGCGCUUUAGCAACUCUGUUUUCAUUAAAAACAGCAUUAUGCUCAAAAAGAAGAUUCGGACAAAUUAAAACGCAACCGACUGCUGCUGCGAGACGAAGAGAAGGUCUGACACGUGGUAGUAGACCAGUGCCGAUGGGAAGACCAACCAAAGUUGAAGUUUUGAAACGGAAAAAAGUUAAGCGACAAAGAAAUAUCAGUCUAGCUGUUGAACAAAAUGUUGCUAAUGCUCAAAGUCAUUAACGUAUUUUUUUAGCAGUCUUAAAAGUAUUGUUAUAUAAUUUAUAUUUUAUUCGAAUAUACUUGAGUAUUAUUGCGCUAACCUUUU